UCGACUUCGAUCAGCGAAAAUCUAAUCAUACUCGGAGAAGCACCCUUGAUAAAGAUUAUUAUGAAUCCCCAGUCUGUUCUUCUCCUCCUACUGGUAGUUGUUCCCUACGCAUCUGCUGCAACUUGUGGAAGCCAUCAGUUUGCUUGUGCAAAUCAGCAAAAGUGUAUCCAUGCGUCUGAACGCUGCGAUGGUUACAAGGACUGCAGCGAUGGAUCAGACGAACAAUGCACUGGCCGAAAGUGUGCGAACUAUGAGUUCACUUGUGCUAAUGGAAAGUGUCUCACUAAAUGGAAACGCUGCCGUGGAAGAAAUUACUGUGGUGAUGGUUCAGAUGAUGAGCAGUGCCGCUACAUCGACGCGCAGGCGCAGUGA